UAAGGCUUCCGCUCGUGUUCAACUUCCUCACUUUCCCCAUUGACUAUCUAACAACUCGAACCUGCCCAAUUUAGCUUUCGCUCUCCUCCUCCUCCAUUUCCCCCCAACAUCAAACCCUGGAAGAUUAUGACUAGGAAGGGAAAAGGAAAAGGAAAACGGAAAGGUAAGAAGAGGAAUCAGGCGAUAGAGAAAAGGCCGCGAUGGUUGGAACUUCCGGAAGUUAUAUGGGUGGACAUAUUACAGAGGCUGGGGGCAGUAGGGAUGAUGUUGACAGCAGAGAAAGUGUGCACUACGUGGAGGAGAUUGUGCAAAGAUCCUUCCAUGUGGCGAGUCAUUAACAUGAAUAAUUGUUGUGAUACCUACCUCGUGUCCUACUUUAAGGCACAGGAAAUGUGUCGGCGUGCCGUUGAUCGCAGCCAAGGAGAAUUGGUUGAUAUCAACAUGGAGUACUUCGCCACUGAUGAGUUGCUUGCAUAUGUAGCAGAGAGAUCAGGAAAAUUGAAAAGACUUGGCAUUGCAUGUUGCUAUGAUAUGGUACACAAAGACUUGGUUGAAGCAGUUCAAAAGUUCCCAUUGUUAGAGGAGUUGAGUCUGACGCACACUACCAUCACAACAAAAGGCAUUGAAGCUAUUCGACGCUCUUGCCCACGCUUGAAAUCCUUUGAUGUGAAUAAUAACUCUUGUUUUAUGUGUCUUGUGUGGUAUUCAGACUAUUAACCAUGCGUUUGAAUAUAAUAUUUAUUAUGAAACAAAUUGUUUAUGCAACAUUAAUAAAUUUUUGCAUCAAAUAGAUCAUUUGUUUGUGUCUA